UCGCUGUAUUAAUCAGAAAGUGGUCGGUCCGUUCUGACUGUAUGGCUCGGUAAUCUGAACCAUCUGCCUUGCCCACGAGGGAGCUCGCCUCUUUAAUCCAGCUUACAGCCCGCACACGGCCCCCUCCAUCGGCACGUCCUGGAAGGGAUGAGGCCGGGCAACGUCCUUUGCUCCUAAAUGUGUGGCUGCCAUUGAGGAUAUUUGGAGGUUUCUGUCUUUUUUUUUUCUUCUUCUUUUUCUUCAGAUUUUGUCUGAGUUUGGGUUUUCUUUUUUUCUGGGGCAGAAACAAUGGCUUUCUUUAUGAAAACUAUGAUAAGUAACCAGGUAAAGAAUUUAGGAUUUGGUGGUGGGUCCGAAGAGAAAAAAGAAGAAGGAGGGGCCUCGGAUCCUGCCGCAGCCCAAGGCAUGACCAGGGAGGAAUACGAGGAAUACCAGAAGCAAAUGAUCGAGGAGAAAAUGGAAAGAGAUGCCGCGUUUACACACAAAAAGGCAGAGAGGGCCUGCCUCAGAGUUCAUCUCAGAGAAAAGUACAGACUUCCAAAGAGUGAAAUGGACGAGAACCAAAUCCAGAUGGCUGGAGAUGAAGUGGAUUUGCCUGAAGAUCUCCGGAAAAUGGUGGAUGAAGAUCAAGAAGAGGAAGAAGACAAGGAUUCUAUCCUUGGGCAGUUACAGAAUCUUCAGAACAUGGACUUGGACACCAUAAAAGAAAAGGCCCAGGCCACCUUCACGGAGAUCAAGCAGACGGCAGAGCAGAAAUGUUCCGUGAUGUGAGCGGUGGGCUGGGGGCCGACUUGGAGGCCAGGGCCAGGCGGAGGGGACCCUCUCCUAUGGAACGUUUCUGAGCAGCAUAUACUUGGACAUAGUGAAGAGAGUCAGAAAAACCAUGAUGACAAAACUCUUUCCAAGCACAUACACAACAAGGUGAUAUUCUAACUGUUCCUGGUAGAAAGUUUAGCUAGCGCCUGGCAGCAGAAAAUGAUACUUUUCUUUUUUGUUGUAAAUGUGGUGAAGCAUGGAAUUUCAGCUGUGAACAAUGCAGAACACUUAUCUGUGUCAAGAUCUUCAGCACAGCCAGAAAGCAACAAAAGCCAAUGGGGUUUCCUCUUUGACUUCCUCCCUUAGAAGGUAAGGCCUCAGCUUGUCCAGCCUUUAGCACGACUCCAGGUCCCUUCAGAGGAAGAUGUGGGAGGUCCCACUGCCACCAGGAGCUCAGGCUGCAGACUUAUCAGCAAGCAAAGAUCACACCACGUCUUACUCCCAGGCUCCUUGACAUUGCUGAUGCCUCGCACCCAUUGUGGCCCUUGGACAGUUGGAAGCCAAGGGCCAGUGGUAGGGAUGGGCUAAAAGAUAAGCAAUGAAGGCAGAGGACAGACUUCAGUAGCCCUUAGUCUUUGUAGAGACUGUGUGAAGAGUGGACUUGGGGUGAAACAAGAAGCAGAGGGGCAACCUAGAAGGUCAUGGCCGUUUCCCCAUUGAGCGUUCUCUCCUCUGGUCUGAACUUGGUGAGAGCCGUGGGAGCAGGGGGCUGGAAACCUAGAGAAAUUCCGUCAGUCUCUCUUUCUCUCUCUGCCCUCCCUCUCUCUCAUUCUUUUCUUUCCCCCUCUCCCUACCUCGCCUUCUUCAUUUUCCUCUCCCAUCCCGCCCCUUCAGACUAGUGUCCAAUAAGUCAUUCUGUCAUUUGGUCCCACAGUCUCCCAGGGUACACAGAUUUCCUUUUCUUAGCAGUUGCUCUCUUUCAAAGGGGAUUGUCCAAAAGACUUAGAACAUUUACCUCUGAAACACUGAGGGCCAUUUAAUCAAAGCCAAUGCAUGUUCAUAAAAUAGAUAAUCCUCGAAGACAGAUUUUAUCAAAAACUGCUGUUGGAGGAAAGGGAGCUAAAACCAGAAAGUUAGGGACUGACCUGCUCCACACCCAGAGCCCCUGAGUAUGUUGUAUAGGGAGUUUCAUGAUACAAAAAUAUGCACAUAAAACAAAUGAUUAGGGGUCCAGACCCACCCAUCUCCAGACUUUUCCUUCUCCCCCAGCUGAAAUUCUGUACUCAUUAAACACUAACUCUCCAUUUCUUCUUUUCCCAGCCUGGCAACCACCAUUCUACUUUCAGACUCUGAACUUUUUAAAUUUAAUCUUUGUCAUAUUUUUUCCAUUACCAUUUAGUGCCCUCAUACCUCUCUCCCCCCAGCAAUUACCACACUGUUGUCCAUGGCCAUGAGUUCUUUUUCCUUUUCGCUCAUCCCUCCACCCCCAGCCACUCCCCACUAGCCGUCAUCUGGGCUCCAUCAAUGAGUCUGUCUCUGUUUAGCUUGUUAGUUCAAUUUGUUCAUUAGAUUCCACAUAUGAGUGAAAUCAUAUGGCAUUUGUCUUUCUCUGACUGGUUUAUUUCACUUAGCGUAAUACUCUCCAGGUCCAUCCAUGCUGUGGCAAAGGGUAAAAUUUUCUUCUUUUUUAUGGCAGAUCAGUAUUACAUUGUGAAAUGUCCCACAGUUGUUUUAUCCACUCAUCUACCAAUGGACACUUGAGCUGCUCUCAUGUCUUGGUGAUUGUAAAUAAUGCUGCAAUGAACAUAAGGGUGAUUUUGUUCUUUUGAAUUAGUGUUUUGGGUCCCUUCAGAUACAUUCCCAGAAGUGGGAUCACUGGGUCAAAAGGCAGUUUCAUUUCUAGUUUUUUGAGGUGUCUCCAUGCUGCUUUCCACAGUGGCUGCACCAGUCUGCGUUCCCACCAACAGUGUAAAAGGGUUCCCUUUUCUCCACAUCCUCGCCAGCACUUUUUGUUUGUUGAUUUAUUGAUGACAGCCAUUCUAACCGGUGUGAGAUGGUAUCUCACUGUGGUUUGAAUUUGCAUUCUCCGAUGGUUAGUGAUAUUGGGCCUCUUUUCACGUGUCUAUUGGCCCUCUGUAUGUCCUCUUUGGGGAAGUGUCUGUUCAGGUCUUUUGCCUAUUUUUUCUGAGAUCAGAGGAGAUAGGGCGCGUUCAGAAUGGAAUGGCCGUAGACAACCCUCCCUGCCCAUUUUUAAUUGGGUUGUUUCUUAUUUUGGUGUUGAGUUUUAUAAGUUUACUCUCUGAAUUUGACUACUGUAGGAACCCCUAUAAGUGAUGUUACAUAAUUUGUCCUUUUAUGCCUAGCUUAUUUCACUUAGCAUAAUGUCCUCAAGGUUCGUAUCUGCUGUAGACUGAGUCAUCAUUUCCUUCCUUUCUGAGGCUGAAUAAUAUUUCACCGGAUGUAUAUACCGCACUUAUUUAUCCAGUCAUCCAUCCAUAAACUCUUGGGUUGCUUCUACUUGUUGAGUAUUGUGAAUAAUGCUACUGUGAACAUGAAUAUACAAAUAUCUAUUCUAGGCCCUAGCCAGGUAGCUCAUUUGGUUAGAGCAUUGUCAGAAUACACUGAGGUUGUGGGUUCAAUCCCCAGUCAGGACACAUACACAAAUCAACCAAUAAAUGCAGAAAUAAAUGGAACAAAUACCUCUCCUUCUCUCUCUCCCUUUCUCCCAAAUCAAUAAAUACAAAAGUUUUGAAAAUGUCUA